AUGUUUAAAAUUUUAAUUUUAUUAAAUUUAUUUUUUAUAAUUUUAAUAAAUUCUUGUAAAAUUGAUUCAGAUUGUGGUAAUUCACCAUUUACACAAUGUAAAAUCAAAAGUUCAAUUGUUGAUGGAAUUGGAAAUGUUGAUUAUUUUCAUUAUAAAAAUAAUUUAGAGAUUGAUAAAGAAAAUCAAAGAGUAUUAUUUACAAUUAAAUAUGAUGAUGAAGAAAUUGAACAAAGAAUUGUUAGUAUUCCAAUAACUGGUGUGAGAGAUCCAAAAAAGGAUGUCAUUAGUCUUGCAACACUAUACCCAAUGGGUAAUAAUAAAAUUAAAGGGUUAAUUAAUUAUAUACCAAAAUCAAAAAGUAUGGUAAUUGCAACCGUUAAAACUGGUGUUACUUUACAUAGUAAUGGUUUAGAGAAAGAUACUUUUUACCUACCAAAAUUAUUAACUAUAAAUAAUACCUACAGUUCAUUUGGUUUCUCUGGUGAAAAAUUUGUAUUCAAUGAAGAGGAAACCAUUCAAUAUAGUUGUGUUUACGGUGGUGGUGUUUAUAAAUCUGAUUUCGGUGAUCCAAAAUCAUUUGAAUCAAAAGAAAGAUUAUUUUUUGGAAAUGAUUUAAAUGGUGGUUGUGCUGCUAUAAAAUUAGGUGAAAAACAAUCAAUUAAAAAUAAUAAAAAUAAUAAAAGUAAUAAAAGUAAUCAAUUAAUUUAUAUUUUAUAUGUUAAAUAUAAAUUACAAGAAACUUAUCAUAAAUCAAUUCAUAUUGGAAAUUUAUCAAAUAUUCAAGCUGGUGGAGAAACUUUGGUUAAAAAUUUACCAAUACUUUAUUCAGAUGAAGUAAAUGGUAUUGGUCAUUUUGAAUAUUCUGAAAUUGAUGAACAAUUAUUUUAUUCAAAUGGUAAAGGUAUUUUCAAUGUAGAUUUAUCAGUUAAAAAAAGAAAUAGAAUCCCAGUUCCAAAAUUAAUUUAUAAAUCAAAUUCUGUAUUCUCUUUUAAAUAUUUUAAAAAUUUCAUUUAUUUAUCAACCAAUGAUAAAAUAAUUAGAAUUUCAACACUAAAUAACUAUAAAUCAAACUAUAAAACUUUAAUUACUUUUAAUAGUGAUAAAAAACAAUCAAAAGCAAUUAGUACAAUAAUAGGUCAUUGUGUAUGUGCACCUGGUUUCACAAAUAAUGGUACAACUGAUAAAUGUAAUUAUUGUGAUAAAUCCACUCAUAUCAUUAGCGAUAAUAAAAAUACUAAAAGAUGUAUUCCUUUGAAAUUAGAUUCAAAUCCAAUUGUUUGCUUCCAUUCUCAAGAAUGUUCAUUUGGUAAAACUUGUGUCUUUAAUAAAUUUUCAAAAUAUGGUCAAUGUUUAAACAAACAAACAAGCAAACAAAUACACAAACAAAUAAAUGAAAUAAAAUAA